AUGCUUCGACAUUCUCCACUCCUCGAAGUACCAAUCUUCUUUACUGAGGAACUGGCAAAACUGAGGCGUGUGGAUACGGAUGCUUCCCCAAGGACGUUGGCCGAAGCAUUGGAGGCGAUCUUCAGACCAGAGGAUGCCGAAGAAGUUGAUGAGUUGGCAAUGAUGCUGGAGGAACUCGUUUGGCCGCAAGAGGAAUCAACCAAUGAUGGAGGAUAUCGAUGCAGAAGCUGGUCAUUGGAGGUUCCAAAUGGAAGCAAUUUUCCAGAAGGAACUUUUGAAAACGUUAUUCUUAGGCAUACCUUUUUUGUAUGGCCCCCUUUUGUCUUGCUGUUAAAAGGGAAACUGAGAAACAUGACCGUAUCAUGUGGUGCACAGCCACACACUCAUACGCAUCAUGACUCAACAGAUGGCGAAGCAUAUAGACAAAGAAAGGUUGGAGCUGUGAAGAAAGCCAGUGGUAUUCAAGACACCUUGACCAUAAAUGAGGCUUUGGAGGAUAAUGGAAAUGCUGCGAAGAAGGUGUGCGAGAACUUUGGAUGUGUUGUGAGAGAACACAAAAACGCUAGUCCCAACUAUGAGCUCCGCAGCCAAGCAUCAAUAGAGGCGCAUGAAGAGAAGAUGCAGGCGAUCCAGAAAAAGCUGACAGGAUUCUUCGACAAGGCAACAACUGCUGAGCUUGGGAAGGAUCUUCUAAAAGAAGCUCAGGCAUUCAACCAGAAGAGAAACCAGCACAAUAAAUUCGACUUGUAA